GGUGAACAGGAGAUGAUGCUGCUGGUGGUGGUUCUGUUUGGCGUCUGGCUGAACUCGGCCUCAGCUGCAAAGCUGGGUGUGGUACAGACAGAGGGUGGGCAGGUGGAGGGGACGAGCCACCGGAUGGGACUCUUCAGGAAGGUGGACGUCUUCAAAGGAAUCCCCUUCGCUGACGUCCCUGGAAAGUGGGAGAAACCAAAGCCACAUCCCGGAUGGAGCGGAAUCCUGAAAGCCACAAAGUAUCGGGAUCGCUGCCUGCAGGUGACGCUGCUGCAGACAAAAACCCAGGGCAGCGAGGACUGUCUCUACCUGAACAUCUUUGUUCCACAAGGACGAUCAUUGUCCACCAACCUCCCAGUGAUGGUGUACCUGUUCGGAGGUGCCUUCCUGUUGGGGGCGUCUAACGACGUGGCGAUUCUCGGAGACUCUCUGUACGACGGGAAGGAGAUGGCCGACAGAGGCGGGGUCAUUGUCGUCACAGUGAACUACAGGGUCGGUACGCUGGGUUUCCUGAGCACCGGAGACGCCCGACUGCCAGGUAACUAUGGCCUGUGGGAUCAGCACGCUGCCAUUUCCUGGGUCCACAGGAACAUCGAGGCGUUCGGAGGAAACCCUGACAACAUCACCAUCUUCGGCCAAUCGGCCGGAGCCGCCAGUGUCAGCUUCCAGAUGCUGUCUCCCUACAGUAAAGGGUUAUUCCGCAGGGCGAUCACACAGUGCGGCGUGGCUCUCAGUCCCUGGGCUCUGCAGAAGAACCCCAUGGCUCUCACCAAGAAGAUCGCCCGUAAGGUCGGCUGUCAGAGGAGUAACGAGGACGAGAUGAUAACGUGUCUGAAGAUGAGCGACCCGGUCGGUCUCACCAUGGCGGGAAAAAUCAAUGUGCUGCUUAUUCUUGGAAAAGGUGUGGUCAUGGACCUCCUUGAACUGUCUCCGGUGGUUGAUGGUGAUUUCAUCCCUGAUGAACCAAAUCGUUUGUUCCAUAACGCUGCUCAGUUUGAUUACAUGGCCGGAGUCAACAGCAUGGAUGGACACAUUUUCGCAGGCGUGGACGUCCCUUCGAUCAACAACAGAAAUGCCAGCACCACAGUGGAGGACGUGAAGGGUCUGCUGGCCGGUCUGACCAAAGAGAAGGGGAACGCCGCCAUCGACUCGGCCUACAGCAUUUACUCGUCUCACUGGGGGUCAGCUCCGGAGCAGCCGGUGGUGAAGAAGACCGUGGCAGACAUCGAGUCUGACUUUCUGUUCCUGGUCCCGACUCAGAUCGCCCUCCAACUCCAUGCUAACAACUCCAGUGGAGCCCGUACCUACUCAUACCUGUUCAACAUGAAGACUCGUAUCCCAGGAUUCCCUCGCUGGGUGGAGGCGGAGCACGCCGAGGACCUGCAGUACCUGUUUGGUAAACCCUUCUCCACCCCGCUGGUCUACUUUCCACGACACCGGGACCUGUCUGGGUACAUGAUCGCAUACUGGACCAACUUUGCCAGGACCGGUGAUCCCAGUAGAGGCGACAGCAGAGUCCCAGUUCCCUGGCCCUCCUUCACCAAAUACCACCAACCCUUCCUGACCAUCAACCACAAGAUCAGCAAGUCCUCUGUCAGCUACGACCUGAGAUCUGAAUACGUUACCUACUGGACCAAAACCUACAGCAGCCUGCCGUCAAUAAAGAGAGAAGAAGAAGAAGACGGCGAGAGAGAGAAGUGACCCGACGGACUCGGCCUGACGCUGCUAACCACACACUACUGGGAUUAUUCACAAAUGAUGAAGCUUUAUUAAAUUCAAUAAAUAUACAUGA